AUGACUAGUGUCGAUGAGCUCUUCAAGCCGACAUCAGCUAACCCAACACAAGAUGAGGUCUACAAAUCCGCCAAGCUAGACCCCAAUACCGACGUGAGGUCCAAGGGAAAGGAAGCCAUGGUUGAGGAAGACAUUGAUGAUGAUGGCGAAGCUGGCCCCGAAAUGCCCCCAGACAUGGACACCGAAGACAUUCCCGACGACGAGGAAGGCCGCUUCUUUGGCGGAGGAAUGGAGCAAAAGACCGCCCAAGCGAUGCAGUAUAUUGACCAGCAAGAAGAAGAUGAAGCUGCACCCGAGAAAUUCGACACAGCCUGGGUCCGGCGAUUCGCCUUGAAUUUCGAAAAAAAGAUAUCCAAGAACGCCGAGUUACGAGCCAAAUUCGAAAAUGAUCCCCAAAUGUUCAUGGCAUCCGAAGCCGAUCUGGAUACCGAGAUCAAGGGACUAUCUAUCCUGUCAGAACACUCAGAGCUCUACGAGGAGUUUUCGAAAAUGGGCUGCAUUGGCUCAUUGAUAUCGCUACUCUCUCACGAGAACGCGGAUAUCGCGAUCGACGUAAUUCAAAUCAUCGGUGAGCUUACAGAUGAGGAUGUCGAGGCGGAACAGGAACAGUGGGACAAUGUGCUGGAGAAUCUAUGUUCUCAGACCUCUGUCGCAGAGAAAAUUGGCCAGGAUCCUUCUAUCCUUCAAUGGAUCAUAGCUCGUAUCCAGAAGAAGGAAUCCCCUGUCAGUCAAAACAAGCAGUACGCAGCAGAGGUACUGGCCAUUCUAUUGCAAUCAUCAUCUAAGAACCGGGAAAGGUUUAUCGGUCUCGAAGGUGUCGACAUCAUCCUUCAAAUUCUCAGUCUAUACCGCAAAAGGGACCCUGAGAAGGACUCCGAUGAGGAAGAAUAUGUGGAGAAUCUUUUCGAUGCUUUGAUCUGUCUGGUCGAUGAGCCGAUCGGAAAAGAGAAGUUCAUUGAAGCUGAGGGAAUCGAACUUGCCUUGAUCAUGCUUAAAGAGGGUAAAUUUAGCAAAUCACGGGCUCUAAGGACUCUCGAUCAUGCCUUUGGUGGAGCAACAGGUGGUCCGGCCUGUGAGCGAUUAGUUGAAGCAGUCGGACUGAGGACAAUUUUCGGCAUGUUCAUGAAGAAGGGACAAAAUAUCGAGCACUUGUUAGGCAUCUUUGCCUCCCUCCUACGACUCCUGCCUGGUGCUUCGGCACCGCGUAUUAGGACCCUGGCGAAGUUCAUGGAGAAGGAUUACGAGAAAAUCGAGAAACUAAUAAAGUUGAGACGAGAGUAUGCUGCACGAGUGGCACCUGUCGAACAAGCCAUUGAGAAAGAACGCAAGUCUUAUCCUCCGGAGGAUCAAGAAAUCAUGGCUGGCGAAUGGCUAUCUCGGCGGUUUGAUGUUGGACUCUUUUCCUUGCAGACAAUUGAUGUUGUCUUGGCUUGGCUCAUUGCGGAGGAUGACGGCGCUAAGAAGAGGAUUGUAGCCCUCUUAGCAGACCGCGACGAAGACCUUUCCCUGAUUCGGGGUACCCUACAAGAGCAAUUGCAAGGACUGGGUGAUGAAGAUCCAGGACAGAAGGACACUAAGGAUAUGCUGAACACCUUACUACAGUUUGUGUAA